GGCCCAUGUGAGAUGCUUCCGCUACUGAGGGUGAUGGGUGUAUAUCUAUUAAAAACACACACCUCCUUCAUUUAUUUCUUUUCAUCUCUCUCAUCUCUCUCUCUCUCUCUCUUUUGUUUUUUGUCCAAGGGGGCUAUUCUAUUGUUUAGUUUUGACUUACCGGAGCUGGAGCAGCUGCUUUGUUUUGAAUCUGCCGGAAUGAUGCUCCUCCACCACAAUUUAGGAGGAGCUCUAGCUGCUGCUGCUUUUGUGUUGCUCACUCUUUUCACUCCCUCUAGCCACGCCUCUUCUUCCUUUCUGCCGGAAUUUAAUGCCAUAAAACCGAGACAUAUGAACCUGCUUAAGAGUGCUGUUCUCCGACAAACUUCAGAUGAACAGAAAGCUGCUCUAUGGAGGCCUUUGGCCAACCAAGGAUGGAAAACAUGUGUCGAUUCGGCUACUGGCCCUACACCACCACCAUCACCAAAAAACUCCCAGGGAUAUCUCCAGGUGUUUCUUGACGGAGGGUUGAAUCAGCAGAGAAUGGGGAUAUGUGAUGCAGUUGCCGUUGCUAAAAUCCUGAAUGCAACACUUGUAAUUCCUUAUCUAGAAGUCAAUCCUGUUUGGAAAGACUCAAGCUCAUUUGUGGAUAUUUAUGAUGUGGAUCACUUUAUUGAUGUAUUGAAGGAUGAUAUUUCUAUUGUAAAAGAUUUGCCUGAAGAUUUCUCUUGGAGCACGAGAGAGUAUUAUGCCAUAGCUAUUCGAGCUACUAGAGUCAAAACGGCACCUGUUCAUGCUUCAGCUAACUGGUACUUGGAAAAUGUGUCACCUAUCCUAGAGAGUUAUGGAAUAGCUGCAAUAGCUCCAUUUUCACAUCGAUUGGAUUUUGACAACAUGCCUGAGGAUAUCCAGCGUCUACGCUGCAAGGUCAACUUUCAAGCACUAAGUUUUGUACCUCAUAUAAGAUCUCUUGGAGAUGCUAUUGUUAGCCGCCUCAGGUAUCCAUCUGGGCAAAAAGAAGUUAGUAGCGAGUUCCUUACAGAGGUUACCGAAACACAAGGACGGCCAGAAGCCGGGAAAUUCGUUGUUUUACAUCUUCGGUUUGAUAAGGAUAUGGCUGCUCACUCAGCCUGCGAUUUUGGUGGAGGUAAAGCUGAGAAGUUGGCACUGGCCAAGUACAGACAAGUGAUUUGGCAGGGAAGGGUCCUGAACUCCCAGUUCACGGAUGAGGAGUUGAGGAACCAGGGCCGUUGCCCAUUGACUCCAGAAGAAAUCGGGCUGCUUCUAGCUGCUUUGGGCUUUGACAACAGUACUCGUCUGUAUCUUGCCUCCCACAAGGUGUAUGGUGGUGAAGCUAGAAUCUCCACAUUAAGAGAAUUAUUCCCAUUGAUGGAAGACAAAAAGAGUCUUGCGUCUUCAGAAGAAAGGGCGAAUAUUAAAGGAAAGGCUUCUUUAAUGUCUGCUGUUGAUUACUACGUCAGCAUGCACAGUGACAUCUUUGUUUCAGCUUCACCAGGAAAUAUGCACAAUGCUAUGGUAGGACAACGAACUUACCAGAAUCUUAAAACAAUCAGACCUAACAUGGGGCUAUUGGGGCAACUAUUCCUUAACAAGAGCAUGGAUUGGACAAAUUUCCAAGAAGCUGUGGUCGAAGGGCACAUAAACAGGCAAGGGCAACUCAGAACACGGAACCUGAAACAGUCAAUAUAUACAUACCCUGCACCAGAUUGCAUGUGCCAGGCUUAAGGUGUCGGAUUACAAAGAUGAAGUCACUAUUGUUUAUUAUAUCCCAGAAAUUAGUGGUUAAAGCAUGGUAUUUAUCAUAUAGUUGUCUAGGCUGCCAUCACUAUUCAUGGUUAAAGGUUAAAAUAAAAUAAGAGGCAUUCAUUCCCUUGGUUUCUCAUAUAUGUAAUUUACACGGUAAUUAUGGUGGGAAACGUAGUCUUGGUUUGUAUUUGUUUAUGUUGUGGAUACAAAAAUAUACAGUUUGUAAAAACCACUCUGAGUUGAGCAUAUAAUAUAAUGUAAUAUACCAUACAGAAAUAAUAUUUGUUGACUUGGCUA